UCGUUGUUGAGGAAUCGUUUGGUGAGGUUGAGAAUUUGGAUUAUUUUUAAAGUCAGGGAAAUAGCUGAGGCGUAGGGGGAAGAUGUGCAGAAACUCUUCGAAAAACACGUCAUGCGUCGGUAAUGUGAAGUGAUUUCACUCAGGCAGACCACCAAAAAGUUUCUAUGCGCCGAGUAGAGUGUUUCUGUCGAGAAAGUUAGAAGUUACGCUAGCUUGCUAGUUCGUCAUGGCCACACGAGAGAUACGACAACACCGGAGGGCCGUGAUGAUUAUCAAGCAAGAACACGACGACGACUCUGAUGGAGAGGAUACUCAUUUCGGAUUCAUCAGGAAAUCUGAUGGGCGCGAGCCUCAGAUCAUCCACAGUGGUCACUUCAUGGUGUCUACUCUGUACACCGAACACACGCCCAAGAAAGGAUAUGACUUUGACACGGUUAAUAAACAAACAUGUCAAACAUAUCACUUUGGGAAGACCAGCACGUCCCAUCUUUCCAUUGAUGCAUCGUUGACGAAAUUAUUCGAAUGCAUGACCCUUGCAUACAGUGGCAAACUAGUAUCACCAAAGUGGAAGAACUUCAAAGGCCUCAAGCUCCAGUGGCGAGACAAGAUACGCCUCAACAACGCCAUCUGGAGGGCCUGGUACAUCCAGUAUGUAGAGAGGAGGGAGAACCCUGUGUGUCGGUUCGAGACCCCUCUGGACGGCAAUAUUGAUUACGAUGAGCCCCGACCAGCAGAGCCAACGGAGGUGAAGCUUGUGAAGAGGAGGAAAGAGAUUGUGAUCCGAGAGUACCACAAGUGGCGGGCCUACUUCAAGAAGAGGUUGCAGCGGCACAAGGACGAUGACCUGUCCAGCCUACUCAGGGGGGCAGAGGAGCAGUAUUCCCUGUUUGGCGACCCCUUCUCCGACACCUUCCGUAUGUCCCUGUGCCAGGACGAGGAGGCGGGGGGCUCGGGCCUCCACCACCACCACCACCACCACCACCGCAUGGGGGGCCGCAAGAGCCUGGACUCCCCCGUCCCUAUGGAGAUGGACCCCUUCAUGGACAUGGACGUCCUGAUGUCCGAGUUCUCCGACACGCUCUUCUCCACGCUGGCCUCGCACCAGCCAAUCGCCUGGCCCAACCCCCGCGAAAUAGCCCAUGCAGGAAAUGCAGACAUGAUCCAGCCAGGCCUCAUCCCCCUGCAGCCAGACUUCACCGACGAGCCCUGGCCAGAUUUGUUCCUUCCGUUCCGUCCCUCCAUCUCCAGCUUCAGUUCCUUCGCUCCUGUUGCUGCUCCUGUAGCCGCACCCCUACCUGUUGCUGGCCCAGUACCCCUACCUGUUGCUGGCCCAGUACCCCUACCUGUUGCUGGCCCCGUACCCCUACCUGUCGCUGGCCCCGUACCGGUGGCUAACCCUGUACCUGGGCCCGUACUUGGGCCCGUACCUGGGCCGGUGCCCUGCAACACUUCUCAAGACUCUCAGGCUCCCAUUCUGCCGUCUAUGCCCCUCCCCACAGACCUCCCACCAAUCAGCUUAGACCAUCGCCUAGUUCCCGCCCCUGGACCCCUGCCAAUCGCCCCGGAAUUGGCCAAUCAGAGUGCCCCCGCGGAUCCAAACCCCUCCUACCCUCCGAGCUACAUGCCCUUUCUAGCCGUGCCAUUGGCUGCGCCCAGCGGCCAACCCCUCCCCUUGGCAGCCGUCCCGCCCCCUCUCCCCUGCCCAGCCGUAUCAGCUGAAACGCCGUCCAUGUUGCAAGGUGCUGGAGAUGGUGGCUCCUCCCCUUCUUCGCUGUCUGUCAUCACGCACACCGCCUCCACCGUGGUCACCCCUAGCAACGCUGCCACCACCUUCAGCCAGGGGGCCGAGCUACCCCCCACACCACCACAGACUGCCGCCACCCCGAGCCUGGCCCUGAACUCCGCCUUCAUCCAGCCGCGACCCCUGGGGCCCCCCGUCUCCUCAGGGGGGAGGAAGGGUCGGCAAACGCAGCGGAUAGCCCCCGCCUGCCCGCGGCCCUCACCACAACUCACUAUAUUCACAGCUCCCUUCGCGGGUCACUCGGGGGCUGUGAUCGUCACUCCGUCCCCUGUCAAGUGUGACGCGGUCAUGGCCUCGCCAGCUGUCACUCGGACAUCAGCGUUCCACAUUCUCCCCCAGUCCCAGAAGUCUCCGCAGCCCAUAGUGCCCAAAGAGGAGACGGCAGCCUCGACGUCCAACAGCAAAACACCCACCCCCUCCCCUAGCCCUGGUGUGGAUGGGCGUUCGUCAGGUCAGGGUUCGCCGUGUGGUCUUGAGCAGGCUGCAAGUCCCCAGUCGCCCCUCAACUCCACUGUGCUGCACAAGAACGAGAACAACCAAAGUCGGCGAGUAAACCACAUCUCUGCUGAGCAGAAGAGGCGCUUCAACAUCAAUAACGGCUUCAAGACACUCUGCAGCCUCGUGCCCACACUCAAGUCCCAGUCCUCCAUCAGUAACGCGGCCACUCUGCAGAAGACGGUGGACUACAUCGGCAAACUGCAGCAGGAGCGACAGCACAUGCAGGAGGAGAGCAGACGACUCAAGGAGGAGAUCGAGGAACUCAACGCCUCCAUCAGCCAGUGCCAGGAGCAGCUCCCGGCCACAGGGGUGUCCCUAACGCAACACCACUUCAACCACAUGAGGGAGAAGUACGACGAGUACGUCCGGAGCCGGACACUGCAGGACUGGAAAUUCUGGAUCUUCAGUGUGAUCAUCAAGCCGCUGUUUGAGUCCUUCAACGGCAACGUGUCGACCAAGAGCAAAGAGGAGCUGUGUGAGACCACACUGCAGUGGCUGGACCGACACUGCUCUCUACCGGUACUGCGGCCCAUGGUCCUGGGCACCCUUCGGCAGCUGUGCACCUCCACCUCCAUCAUCAGCAACCCCUCCCUCCUGCCCCAGGAGGCCAGGCAAGCCGUCGCCAAGCAACGAGCCGCCGAGCCCUAGAG